UCAUCAAAAGCCAGUAGUCAGCAGCGUUUGCCGCGGUAACAUCUAGUACCUUAGAGAAGAGAGUAUGUUGCAAUAAUGCCGUACAAAUGGGAGCAUCAAAAAGAUCAUGUUUUGGAAGAAGCAAUUCGGUCCAAGCACCUGUAAACAACAGUAGCAAUCAAGACGUACAGCAGAGUACGAGAACCAACAGCCAACAGAUCAGCUAUCGCACAAGAAGGUUGCGCUCUGCUAGUCAAUCGACAUCGACGUCCAAUUUGAACAGUAUCAAUAACAACGGUAGUGGAAGUGGCGGUGGUAGCAGCAACGUUGCCGGAAGCUCCUGCACUGGUGGUGGUAAUAUAGUAUCGCCAGCCUACAGCAGUGGCCACAACAGUAACUUUUUCAACAACAACACUAUCACGUAUAACCACAACAACUGCAGCACAUUGCGGCACCAACGGCAUCAUCAUCAGCAGCAGCAGCAUCACCACCAUAUUAAUAAUACACGGUCGAGUACUUCCGGUACAAGCUCAACGGCAGUCACGACGGGGGCUUUAAUUUCAAGAGUGUUUGAUCACAGCAACAGCAGUGGUACCGCCGGCAGCCUCACUACUACCAACGCCACUUCAGCUAUAACGCCGGCCUCUGGAACGGAAGGAGCCAUUACUGUCGCAAGCACUGCAACCAUUGCCACCGCUGGAGGCAGCAGACCCGGAAGUCAACAUCGGCGUGCGUCGCCCGGCGAUAAAAAAUCGCAGACACAGAGCAAAAACGAUGAUAAAAUGGAUGAGAGAAAACAAUCGCAACAUAAAACCACGGGGAAGCAGCAACACCCUCGCGAUCAGCAGCGCGAUACAACGCCGACCAGUAGAAAGAAUCGGAAAGAAGCUGAACCGUCUGCCAUUGAAUCGUCACCAAAGAAACGUAACCUGUCGCAGCAACGUCGAUCGAUGACUGCUGCCAGUGUCCAGCAAGCAGCACAAGUGGCGCAAGUUGCGCAGAAAUUAGCUAUGGAAGAAGUGUCACAAUCAACAGCCUCCACCACCACCGUCACGAUGGAAGAUCCUGUAGGCGAGUGCGAAACAGAGCAUUCGGCUUGCGUGGAAGAUAAGGGCAUAAUCGAAGAUCAUGAUCCUCAAUCGGCCAUCAUUACGUCGCCUACGAAGGAGAGUGGCGAAGAAGUUGCACUAGAUGCGUCAUCAACCGAGAAGAAGACCGACAUCGAAGCCAUUAGCGGCAAGGAAGAGAUGGACACCAAAGAGGCACGUAGAUCACAGGCCCUUACCAAUGAUUCCGGGAUUGAUGGCGAGCAGCAGACGGAGACCCUUUCCAACCAUCACUUGGAGGAAAAUGGUGCGUUUGACCAGGGGCCGGCGGAUGAAAAUGCCAUCGCAGAGGACGGAGCAGAGGUGCAGGAGCGACGAAAGCACGAUGACGGCAGCUCGUGCGAGACGGACGGGUCACAAAAUCGCACCAUUUUGCGCUUCGUCCGCAAAAGCCUCGAGAAUACCGGCAUGUCGGUGAUGUAUUCGAAAAACUUUAUCGAAAAUGAAACGAUCGAGACGGAGUACCCUCGGAAUUUAGAUGACAACAUCGAAAUACUGAGCCGGGAGGCCGAAAAUCUGGCUAUGCAGUUUAAACCAUCCGAGGAAAAGUUGGUGCAGUAUGGGCCAAUCUUUGAUCUGGAGAAGUUCGAAGAGCAACGCAAGCAGCAGAAAAAGGAAGACGACGAGGACGAAGCGAUAGGCAUCUCACCGUGUGGACGCUUCCUGAAGUACGACAAGGAGGUUGGCAGGGGAUCCUUCAAAACCGUGUACCGUGGCCUGGACACGCAGACUGGUGUGGCCGUGGCUUGGUGUGAGUUGCUGGAGAAAAAGGUGAACCGUGUGGAACGGGCUCGGUUUCGGGAAGAGGCGGAAAUGCUGAAAAAGCUACAGCAUCCAAACAUUGUGCGAUUUUACAACUACUGGGAAUCGGCGCCGACAGCGGGCAAUAAAAAGAAAAACAUUGUACUGGUCACCGAGCUGAUGCUGUCCGGCACGUUAAAAUCUUAUUUGCGACGAUUUAAGAAAAUUAAUCCCAAAGUACUGAAAUCCUGGUGCCGGCAGAUUUUGAAGGGAUUGCAUUUCCUGCACUCGCGCACACCGCCAAUCAUUCAUCGUGAUCUGAAAUGUGAUAAUAUUUUUAUAACCGGAACGACAGGGAGUGUUAAGAUAGGUGAUCUAGGGUUAGCCACGUUAAAGAACCGCAGCUUCGCAAAGUCGGUCAUUGGCACGCCGGAGUUUAUGGCCCCGGAAAUGUACGAGGAGCACUAUGACGAGGCGGUCGAUGUGUACGCUUUCGGUAUGUGUAUGCUGGAGAUGGCCACUUCUGAGUAUCCCUACAACGAGUGCAAUACGCCAGCGCAGAUCUACAAAAAGGUUACGUCCGGCGUGAAACCGCAAAGUCUGGAGAAGGUGGAGAAUCCGGAGGUCCGCGAGAUCAUCGAACGCUGCAUUCACGACAAGAAAGAAGGGCGUCCGACGUGCAAGGAGCUGCUGAAUUUUGAAUUUUUCUGCGAAGACAUCGGCAUUCGGUUGGAACCGAUGUCGAAGGAAUCGUUUCUGGCGAACCCUGACAAUGUGAGGAUGGAGUUUCGAUUGCGCAUCAUGGACCCGAAGAAGCGUGUCAACAAGCACAAGGAAAACGAGGCAAUUCAGUUCGAUUUCGAUAUUCGAGUGGACGAUGCGGACGAAAUUGCCAACGAAAUGUACAAGUCUGGCAUUCUGAUGGAAGACGACUCGAAGACGGUUGCCAAAAUCCUCAAGGUGCAGAUUCAGACGCUCCUGAAGGAGCGCGAAGAACGCGCCCGGCAGUUGCAAGUGGAACAGGAAAAGGAAGCACUGCAGAAGCAAGCGUUUCUGGCGCAGCAACUCUAUAUGCAGCAGCAGCUGCAGCAGCAAAUGGAGAACGAUCUGCAGGUGACCGAGCUUCAGGUACCGCAGUUCCCGAACCAGCAGGCUGCCGUUCCGGCGAGCGCUCAACAACCACCGCAAUCGCAACCGCAACCGCAACCGCACCCACAGCAGCAGCAGCAGGUUCCACAGGCAUACUACCAACCUGCAUCGCUUCCCGCAUCCCAAGCACAGCAAAUCAUAUACCAACAACAAAUAUCGGCACCGGUGGGUAAUGAACAGCUACAAGCGGGCUACCACCAGCCACAACCACAGCAAAUAGCGGGACAGUACGUCAUGGGCCAACAGAUUCCCCUGCAACAACCCCAACAGCAGCAGCAGCAGCAAUCACAGCAGCAACAGUUCCUUAAUCAAAUGGCUGCAGCUCCACAACAGCAACAAAACUUCUUACAACAACAAGUAUUUCUUGAUGGACAACAGCAACAGUAUCUGCAGUCGAUUCAGCAGCUUCAGCAGCAGCUGCAACAGCAACAACAAAAUCAACCUACUCAAGGUCAAUCGCAAGGAACGAACGUGCAGUACAUGAACCAGAUCGGGACUCAGCAGCAACUGGUGCACCAGUUUUUCCAGCUGCAGCAACAACACUUUGCGAUGAUGCAACAACAGCAACAUCAACAACAAGCAGAACUGCAAGAGCAGAUUGCUACACUUGAGCAACAAUUGCAGGGUAUUAUACCCAUACAUAAUCAAAUUCAGGCCAUGCAGCAACAACAGCUGCAGCAGCAGCAGCAGCAGCAGCAACAACAGCAGCAGCAGCAGCAGCAGCAGCAGCAACAGCAACAGCAACAGCAGCAGCAACAAAUUUAUGUGCAGCAACAACCCCAGCCGCAAGUGAAUUUAAUGCAGGGACAAUCCCUGCAAGCUGCAUCGUCGCAACCAAUGUACAUGCCUGCGCAGCACAAUAAUUCCGAUCCUUUGAUACAACUGCACCAGUCGAUGCCCGCACCCCAACCGCAACCAGGAUCUUCUUUGACCAUGCCUCAUCAGCAACCACAACCAGUCGCCACGCCACUUCCUCAAUCCCAGCCGGCUUUGCAGCAGCAACCGUUCGUUAAGCAACAAACGCCACCGAUGGUGCUACCAGCACACCAUCUCCAAUCCACCCCGCAGCCUACACAAACCACUCAGACAACGCAGACAAUGCCGAUGCAGGUGGGGUCGCAGGCUUCCCCGGGCACCCUGGCAUCCCAGCAACCUACUGCAGUCCAACCGGUGACCCAAGUGCCACAAGAAGUUAUGUCCGUAAGCAACUCCAUCGCGAUGGCGCUUUCGAAUGAGAGCAUUCAACUUCAGCAGCAACCGCAACAACAAUCGCAACAACAACCGCAACCGCAGCCGCAGCCAAUACAAGACGCCCAACAGCAGCCGCCUCCGAUAGCUACCGUAAUGAAUCCGUCGAUUCCGGCCAUCGGAAACGGAUCUUUGGCAGCAAGUACGGCGGCAGCUCCAUCAACGAUCGCAACGCCGAACCAGGCAACAGCACAGCAGGAUCAGGCAACUCCCGUUGCCGUUCCGUCCGCACAGACCGCCCUUCCGAAGCGGCUCACAAAUGAAAUGAAGAAGCGGCGUAACCAUCGUUCAACCGAGCGCAGUCCGAAGCUACACGUGCUCGGCUACGAAAACAACAUCAUUGAGUGCGAGAUGGAAAACCGCCCGAAAACGAUCAAAUUCAAGUUCGACCCGAAUAACGUAAACCCGGUCGAGGUGGCGCAGGAUCUUGUCUCGAAAGAUCUUCUCAGCGAGUCACAAACAAUGAUAUUUAUCGAAAUGGUGCGCGACAUACAGCGACAGUUGAAAGAAAACCCGAACCAGCUGCCAGUCGCAUCGCAGUGCUACCGGCGGUCAACGGAAAAGGUGCGCCACGCGUCUCUAACACGUCAACGUUCGAACUUUAAAACACACCAGAGACACAGAUCUCGUGAUGAGACAUCAACAACAGCAGCGAACUUUACGCACAUCUUCGACCCAACCAUCAUCGAUCGGCAAGCCCUGGCUACGGGCGUGUCGAGUACGACCACGUCGUCCACAUCUUCCUCACCAUUGUCCCAGCAGCAGCCAUCGUCCGCAAUCAGCACAUUGCAGACGAAUGGCGAAGUCGGACCACCGUCAGGAGGAGUGCCCACCAAUGCCACGGAAAAUGCCGAUAAUGCGCCAUCGCUCUCGGAAGCAACCAUUCAAAGCUACGAAUGCAACGACGCGGACACAGGCGAUGAGCUGCUGGCCACCGUCACGGGCGUUUCGACCAUGGUGGACGACGGUACGAACGACAACAACAGUAGCUGUGAUGAAAACUCUCGCAAAGCCAGCACGGUCAGCACAGAGUAUACUUCGCACGAGAAUACGCCGGAAAACACGAUCACCUCCGGAAACAAUAUGAACCUGUUGCAGCAGCAUCUACACUUUGGUCCGGAACAGGAUCAGGGUGUAGGCUGCGGCAGCAUCGAGCAACAGCCGGAAACUACGACCGGGCAACUGGGGCCCGACGAUCAACAGCUUCGUCAAUCAGGUGUUUCUACUACAGUGCCAUCAGCAGCAAGUGGCAGCGACGAAGCGAGUCAGCCUGUCUGCCCCACGGACCCACUUGUGGAAACUUCUAGUCAAAGUACACAUGAACCGAUGGCCGACGCGAACACACGGGAACAGCUAAAUCUCGGCGAUGGCUCGAUGGAAACGAAAUCGGACACGGUAGCAACGGAGCAGAGCAAAACACCCGUAACCCCGCUGUUGAAGGAACGUAAAAUGUCCCGCUUCUCGGUGACGCCCGUUGUACUGCCCGUCACCUUGGCUGAAGAGCAGCAGCAGAAUGAAGUAGUGUCGGUGGUGGACUCUCCAAAGCCUCCCCCGGCUGACGCCGGCUUAGUAGAGACGUUGAACCAAGAGGCAGCAACCACGACGGACACUGCCGAUUCUGUCCUCCAACCGAUGGACCUCCAGCAACAGCAAUUAGUGCAGGCAAAUGCCCUCAAUGAUUCCCUUCUUGUGCAGCAACAGCAACUGAAUGAAGCCCUUCUUCAACAACAGCAAGCCAAUGCGUACAAUGAGGCCUUACUUCAGCAACAACAGUAUCUUCAACAACACACGAUCGAUGUGGCUUUCCAGCAGCAACAGUAUCAACAAGAGCUGGCGAUACAACAGGCCCUGCUGCAGCAGCAGCACCUGCAAUUUCAGCAACAGCAGGCCCCUGGUCUGACCAUGAUGGCGGCCAGCGAAGCCGUCGCACAAGCUGAGUAUGACCUUCAACAACAGUACUAUCAACAGCAGCAACAAUUUCAACAGCAGCAGCAAUACCAACAGCAUUUGCAACAACACGCCCAGCAGCAGCAGCAGCAGCAACUGUUACUACAACAGCAGCAGCAACAGCAACCGUUACAAUUCCCUCAACCAAACGCUGCCAACCCUCCGCCCGGCAGUGGUUUCAUGUCCGCCCAGACAUCCAUCGAUCAAGGGUCACGUGAUUCACUGCCAAGCCGUAUGCCGGAAACGUUAGAGCAACUCAAAAUCGGGCUCGAAAGUAUAACGCACGUGCACGUAAACACAAACAAAUCGAGUGCUAGCGGUGGAGGUUCCGCAAGUCUCUCAUCGCAGGCCAGCGCCACGGCGUUAUCCGCAAUGGUUUCGCCACAUCCAUCGCAGUAUCCGAUGCAGCCAGGAAUGGGCGAAGCGCUGCAGCAGCAGCAGCAGCCACCGCAGCAGGUUGUGUUUUAUCAAUCUCAAGAAUACAUCAUAUCGGAUCCGACGAGCGGUGGCGGAGUUCCGGCGGAGCAGCUAAUGGAACAAAACCGACCACAAGAAUACGUGGUCGAAGGGGCAACCUAUGCAGCGGUGGUGGCAGGGGACUUCCAAACGCAGGCAAUUCAGCAACAGCAACAGCAACAGUCUACCGUUGGUGGAGUACAACCGACGUACGCAUCGAGGCGCACUUCGGCAGAACUUUCUGCUACGGUAAUGACCGAUGGCAUCGAACCUGUUGUUGAUCUACCGGGGGCCGAUGCACCGCCACUGCAACCGAAUACGAACACUGGUAGUGGCAACGGCAGCGACGCUGGUACGCCAAAUGCAAUAACGCAGCCCCGGGAGCAGGACAAGCGGCUUUCAAACCAAGGCAGUGUUGAUCGCAUCGAUAGCUCCGGAGCACACGCGUCGCUUACUGGUUUGCAGCUUAAACUAUCGCAACUGUCGGUUAGCGCAGAUUCGUCCAAACCGCUCACUGCAAUCGUAGAUCCACAGUCGCUGCACGUACAGCCCAGGCAUCAGCUCGCGGUCGCCACUAGUCCCUCGGUCGAACAGCAAACGGAACCCAAGUUUCCGAACGAUGCUAAACCGUUGAUACGCAAAGUGUCCCGGUUUCAGGUGCAAACCGUUCAAGAAUCUCCUCGUGCAACAGAACCACUCCCGGAAGCUUCUUCGCAACCACAGCAAGGAAGUGUUGCUGCGGUCAGCAACAACAGCGGUGAACCUCAACUAGCUGCAUUGGCACAACCAAUCGUUGACACUCAGCAUCGUGCGGCUUACUCUUCACCGACGGAUGAAAAGUCUUGCCAAACGUUUCCGGGGCCGCAGUUAGCAACUGGCAUAACGGCUGGUGGUGGUGGGGGGUUGGUUUGUGAAGUACCCACCACCAACGACCUGGAAGCCAAGCUAAACCAGGUCAUCCCAAAGACACCGAACCUAGAACUGGCAGCGCCAAGCUUUAACAUCACCACCCCUAUUCAGCAAACCCAAACAAUUCAGCAGCAACUACCGCCCCAAACACAGCCGGCGUACGGUUUGCCGUCGGUUCCGGUGCAGCACAUGCCGCAGACUCAGCUGCCGAAUCCAAUUCCUAUGCCAGUCAAUGCUAACAAUGGAUCGCAGCUUCCGAUGGAUGGGGGAUCGGCCGUGUAUGGUACGCUACCCACACAGCAGCAGCCGCCACAGCCCAACACACAAGCGCCUCAGCAACCCCUACCGGAACCAUCGUUCAACAACGCGGACAUUGGGCAGAACUUGGUUGCUAUUCAGAAUCAUCUAUGCGCGCUCCAGCUGAUGUCCAGUGCUCGGCAGCAACUGCAGCUGCUGCUGCAGCGGCAGCACAUUGAGCACGAGGAACUAAAACUACGCCAUUUUCUCGAACUGGAGAAGUUUCUCAAGCAGCAGAAAGAAGAAAUGAAACCGCCAGCAGCUGUUCCUGCUCCUGCUGCCGCCGCCGCAGCCGCUGCCACGGUGCCUGCGCCACAGCAAAUGAUCUCCACACCACCGCAAAUUGCUCCCACAGCCAGUCAGCACGCAUCGUCUCUUUCCUGCUCCAUUCUGGCGAAUGGCAGCAUGAUCACAGAAUUGUCCUCUCCUACGAUACCUCCAAAUCGAGGAAUGGGCUUCGACAUGAGCUCCGUUGGACCACCAGUAGCUGGCGGGGUUUCGUCGUACGGCAGCUACACCAGUAGCGCAACGGAAACCGAUCAGGAAGUUGCGAAUCUGACCGCGGCCGCUAGUAUGGAAGCGAUGGUGAUAAUACAGCAGCAACAGCAGCAGCAGCAGCAGCAGCAGCAGCAGCAGCUUCAGCAGCACCAACAGUAUCACCAACAGCAGUAAUUACAAGGUGUGUUGAUGGACUCUAUCUUCUUCGCGUGUAUAUAUUUUGUUAACAACCAGAGGAAGCAGUCCGCCGCACGCGCCUUUGUCGUGCCAGCGAUGUAGGAUGUUUCCAUUUGGCCGUUUCAACUAAUGAUGUAAUAUCCACAGUAACCUGAUGACACCUAAGGAUGAUGUCAGCUUUUGUAGUUUUGUGGGUUGAUGCAAUCUGCGGACUCUCCAUCGAGCAACGAUCUCAUUCCACAUGUUCCACAAUCGGCCGGUAGUCUUCAGAGGUUGAGCGACAACCUUAUGCCAAGAGCACCUUAUGAUCCACAGCAUCCUUGUGAACCACCUUGACCACACCAUCCUUCCGGGAGCGUAUCCUGCACAGAAACCAUAGUUUGAAGCCGUCGGCAGUGAAGGGUGUGAUGUUUAAAAACCGAAAUGCGCGCCCAAACGGCACCAAUACUAUACCGGGUCGAGUAUCGAUACUCUUGAACGGCUAAAAGGGACGGAAGGAGCCAAAUAAAACGAAAACAGAGGAAAAGAGCAAACGGAAACUAAAUGUUGACCCCUUAGCAAAGGGAAUAGUCGAACACGUAUAUAAAUUUCACAUAUAUGAGCAUAUGUUUUAACGUAUACUAUAACGCUAGAGUAGCUUUGCUGCGGAUUGGCCUUUACAACUCACGGCUAACGUUCCAUUCUUACGACAGGCGCCCGCCACGGCCCCGUCGCUCGCAGUACACAGUAAAGUAUGCGCAUAGGGAAAGGCUAGCUGUCGCGUAGAAAAGACUGGUGUGUAUGUGCGUGCGAGUUUGUAUGUAUGCGUGCGUGCGUGAGUGUGCUAUUACCAAAAUUCAAGAACGCGCACCAAUGGCCGUUUAUCACAAAACACAAUACCCCCCCCAGAGAUACUCGUCGCUGUGUUGCACAUUCUAGUAAUGUGCGCGGACGGAGGCUUUUGGAUCGCUUCGUCGCAUGUUCUGGUUCUUUUUAAAUCUGCUCCCUCAGCCUGGUAAGGAAUUCAGGAACACGAAAUAUUGGUUAGAGCGAGCUCUCCAGUCGGUCCCCGUCACACGUGCGUUCUAUUUGAGAAGUAGCUGUGAAUUAAUCACCUCGAUUUUCGUAGAAACGAAUCAAUCGCAAAACAACAUGAGCAGAAAGGGCGUCCUGGCCGCGACAGAAAGACAGAUUGACGAUGAAUCGCCCCGAAUGAUGGUAAGCCGCUUGUUAUGACGAUCCUUGUUAACGGAGCAAACUAAACGUGAUUUGACAGCGUUGUAUUGUGACGAGACGGAAAAUAAAGAUAGUAACCGAUGAGAGCUGUUGCGGACAGCGACGCGGCAAGAGUACGGCGUCGUGUGAUGCUGGCAAUUGAACAAUAGGAUCGAAUAGACCGCGAAAUGCGCUGUGGCUGGGCGGCCAAAAGUCCAAAACUGAUAAGGUGGCAUUCAAAUUUAUUGUGUAUUAUAUUCUAUUCGAUACUAUUAAGAUAUUAAAUAUCUAUUCGAAAA